UCCAGCAGCAAGGAACCGGAAUUGUUGUCCAACAUAGUGUUCAAAGAAAUUAUUCACAGGAUAGUGGUUUAAAUUUUAGCGUUCAUCCUGGGGAAGUCCGGAUGAGUCGUUUGGAUGUGCCAGAACCUGAAGCCAUCGAAUAUCUACCGCAGAUCACAGGUGUCAGACCAGAAAAUUCUGCCUAUACCAAUUUAUAUACCACUAUUGAUGAACAAGAAAAUAUCUAUUCGUCCAUUAACGAGGAUGAAGGUCCAACAUCUGAUAGGUCUAGCGCAGGGUAUGGAACCCUGAAUGCCUACUUCACUAGCUUUAAACGAGUGUUUUCUGCGCUUCUCAUCGUUGGAGAUGUUUUGAUAGACUGGACGUCAUUGUCUGAUGUAAUGACGGCAACUAUUUCUGACGCUAGUGUUGCAAACUAUAGAAAAUGCUUUUUCUCUUUUCAAGCCUUUGGCAAUGUUGAGCGAUUAUUUAACAGGAAUGCAGCUGAAACGGAUAAUUGCAGUUCCUCUACCUUUAAACUAACGAUCUUGUAUGGCAGUUUUGUACUCUUUGGCUCUGUCUUUGCCCUGGUGAAGUUGCUUAAUAUCAUUGGAGAAACCACACGUGAAAUUUGCGAGAAGAACCAGAAACACCACAUUCGGGACAAUAAAUCGCUUAGGAGUGAAAAGAAGCAGAAAUCUUUUGGAUUUCAGUUGUUACACGGCUGGGAAGAAACUUUCUAUUCUCUUUUGUUUGAAGACCUUCCAAAAAACUUUUUGCUUCUUCUAUACUCCAUGACCUGUAAGCGUUAUGGCCUAGACGGACUAAAGUUACGUGCGUCAAUGAUGGGUUCUUUCGUGAAAAAUUUUGUGCGAAAAACAACAUGUAAACAAAGAAAAGGUUGUGUUUGCUGUCUAUAUGCGUUUGAUAUUGGCUGCUUAAACUUCACGUGUUUCUCUUUCGUUCUUUGUUCCAGUUGUUUCCAUGCCGCACAAAAAUACUAUCCUGAUGGAAGUUUAGUUAAGGUAAAAAAGAAAAAAGAAGGUGAAGGUGUAGUAAAGGUCAAAGUACCAAUUGAAGAGGUUAAAAACGAGUGUAUUUGUUGCGCAUGCAUUGAGCUUGAGUGGGGAUGUGAGGUAGGUAUUCCACCUGUAUGCUCGUGCGGGCGCUGCGUUUUCAUCGAACAAAUGGGGUGCUGCAAUAACACAUUUGAAAGUAAAUGUUGUAUACUGGAGCGCUAUAGUAACGGUAUUUGUGGUAAAAGGAUUGAUAGAGACCCAAUAUGGUUAGAGAGAUAUAUCACCUUGUGCUAUUUGAUCAAUUUUUCCAUACUUUUCAUGUAUCAUUUUGAAAUUGGUACAAAUCUAGCGGAUAUGUUUGGUCUAUAGACAUCAUAGAAGUUUUAAGAUGACGAUGUUCUUUCACAUGAGUAUAGCUUUGCUUGCUUAAAACUUAAAAGACA